CCGUGACAAGAGACUAUUCUUGGUCGAUGUUCUCUUCAUGUAAAUGUACCUUGGAGCGAUCCAAUGUCCUCACCCCGUCAUAAGCGUCACUUUUCCCCUCCGCUCGACAUGGGUACUCACACAGCUACACUCCAUGACCGUGAACCGUCCUCCGUUCCUGGCAGUCGAAGGCUAUAAAAGAGGGAUUGAAGCACCAAGUAUUUUCAAGCUCUCACAACCGUAAUUGCUUAAUCUCACUUCACAAUGUUUGCUCGUAUCUCUUUCACUGCUCUCCUGGUUCUACCUCUCCUUGCGACCGCCACUAUCCUUCCCCGUGGCGGUGGUGACGGUGCCGCUUGCACCGCGACUGGUACUGCCCAGUGCUGUGAUUCUACCCAGAGCCCCACCGACUUGAGUGCCCCCGUUGUAUCCCUCUUGGACUCCCUCGGAGUCGUCGUCAGUCAACUCACUGGCAAUGUCGGUUUGUCCUGCACCCCCAUCACCGUCAUUAGUGUUGGCGGAACCCAGUGCAACAAUCAAGUCGUCUGUUGCAAUGACAAUAAUUUCAACGGCGUUGUUUCUCUCGGCUGCACCCCCCUCAACGUCGGCCUCUAAGGUACCGGGGAGAACCGAAGCAUUUUGGUGAUUUUUAAAAGUGCAUUCGUCUGUUGAAGAACAAGUAAAUAGGUCGAGAAAAUAAUAUUGCCGAA